AGGAGAAACACACCACGUAAAUGAUAAUCUCAAGUUCAAAUCGGAAGUAAAUCCUACGAACCUUCCAAGCCACCAUCACAAACGGAUCUGCAUCCUGUGACUUCAACUUACGAAGUUAGAGGCGAAUUUGUAUUCGGACACUCAUCACACAGUGUCGGUUUUCACUGUUUACAGAAAUACAAUAGUGAUUUCGCAGCUUACAAGAAUACUGUAACGCCAAAUUUUGUUCAUUCUUUUUUUUAAUAAUAUCUCUUCAAAUUGUACGGUCUUCAAAAGACAAAGAGAUACGAGAUGGAAACUUCGAGCCCUCGUUUUGUGCGGUCUUACCAAUAUGUUCCGUGCAUAUUCGUUCAUUUAAGGUGGAACGGCUCGCAACCUUUUGAAUUCACUCUGGCUUUAAUUCCUCUGAAAUCUGAGAAUUCCGCUUCAUCACAAACUGGAACCAACCGGACCGGUCCAGUAUCUACGCCAGCGCCCGUCCCGCACCGAUGUCCACAGCCCGCCGGCGCCCCGUCCCGUCCCGUCCCCUCCCUCCCCUCCCGACCCGCUUUGCCGUUCCGCUGUUCCCAUCCCGCCGACCCUCUCUGCCACUCUCCCCCCAUAACCCCAGCCCCACCAACCCACCACGCGACUCGACCUCGACCGCGCCCGCCCGCCUAACCUCCUCGCGCCCGCGAUCCCGCGCCGCGGCCCAGAUCUGGUGGCGCCUCGCCGAGACGAGCGCUGACGGGGGAGUGGAGGUUCGGUCGGUCGAUGAUUUCGGCCGCGGCGCAGGUGGGUGUGGUCGCGGCGUGCGUGGUGCUGUUCGUCCCCAUGGGGCUGGCCGGCUGGCACCUCAGCCGGAACAAGGUGCUCUUCUUCUCCGGCGCGCUCUUUGUCUCGCUCGCCGUCGGGGUCCACCUCUCCCCUUACCUCCCCUCCCUGCCCCACCUCCUCUUCUCCUCAUUCUUCCCCCACCCGGGCGCCUCACCCGACUCCUCCGCGUCGUCCUGCGCCCCGUUCCUCCACCGCGUGUCGUGGGCGGACGCCGCUGAUGGAUUGGGAGGAGGAGCGGGGCGGUCGUGGUCGUGGCCGCCCACGCUGGUGUCCACCUGCGGGUUCGCGCGGCUGUCCCGCGACGAGGCGUCGCUGCUGCUCAACGGCUCGUGGGUGAUGGUGGCCGGGGACUCGCAGGCGCGGCUGCUCGUGCUCGCGUUGCUGCGCCUCCUGCUCAACCCGGCGGCCGCGGCCGCCGCCGAGCCGGAGCUCUUCCGCCGCCACAGCGACUACCGCGCCGCCGUGCCGGCGCGGGGCAUCUCCGUGGACUUCGUCUGGGCGCCCUUCGAGAGCAACCUAACGCGGCUGCUCCGCGAGGAUCUGCGCCUCGCGCCUCGCGUCCCCGACGUGCUUGUCCUCGGAUCCGGCCUCUGGCACAUGCUCCACGUCACGGACGCCGCGCGCUACGGCGACGCACUGGCGUCCAUCGCCGGCGCCGCCAGCUCUCUCCGCUCGCCACUCCCCGUGCCGCCGCCGCAUAUGUUCUGGCUCGGCCUGCCGCGCCUCGUGAACCACAUGCUCAACACUGACGCCAAGAAAGCACACAUGAACGACACCGUGCUCCGUGCCUAUGACCGCGAGGUCGAUCAGAGGGGUGUCUUGUGCCGUGAUGGCGGCCCAUUCCGGCUACUUGAUGUGGGAAAACUCACCCAGGGUUGCGGGCAGCAGUGCACUGCUGAUGGAAUGCAUUACGAUGGCGUGGUUUAUGAAGCCGUCUUGCACAUCAUGCUCAAUGCAUUGGUGAUUGAGUCACAACAAAGGAUUUGAGUGGGUGGGGGUUCUUGAACAGGUUUGCUCCCACCCCCUGUUCUUUCGGUCGGUUAUAAUAGGCAGGUAACUAUAAAUUGUUGUGAAUUAGGAAGGUUCUUUGAUUGCUUCUAAAUUUUGGUCGCCUGCCAGAAGUCACCCUUGUAUUGCUCAACCUUAGAUUGUGAAAUAGGGACGUCUUAGAACCACACUUUUUUUUGGCUAAAUGGAAACCGAGCUGGUUGUGCUGUAUACUUUUUUUCUUGGGGAAAUAACUAAGAUGGUGAUUCUGACAUGUAGGAUAGAGGUGACUGUGGAAUACUCAGAACUUGUCACCUUUUCAUUUUGGCAAUAGAAGGUGUCAUUGUUGUUGUAAAUUCAUAAUUUUCUCUGAAUCAUGUCUGUGAUGAUUGAUGAUGUUUCCGGCCCUCAGAUUCAUCGACCUAUCCAAUUUUAAUGAUGGCAAGAUCUAUGUUCACAUGUCAUAUUGGAGCUGAAUUGGACUGUAAACUACUAAACUGUGCUACUUCCCUAACAUUUUAUACUUUUCACCACUA